AUGCAGGUUAGGGACGACUGGAACUCAGUAAUGAAAUACAGACGUUUGACGCAGCAGUUUGUGUGCGAUAUGUGGGCUAAGAUUGAAGGUAGCCGCUUAGAUUGGGUACGGCAUAACCAGAAAACAAUCAAGGCAGAAAAAUAUAAUGGGCUCAUAGACGCUCAGGCGGACAAUGAUCUGAACAAUGCAGGAAAGCGCAUUAUAUUACCUCCUUCUUUCUACGGUUCGCCAAGGUACUAUCGAGAACGAUUCCAAGACUCAAUGGGUAUUGUUAGAAAGUUAGGGAAGCCAGAUCUGUUUGUAACGUUUACCUGUAACCCAAAGUGGAAAGAAAUACAGGAAGCAUUGGAUCCAGGAGAAUCAUACACUGAUCGGCCAGAUCUUUGUGCUAGAGUUUUCAAAUUGAAAUUGAAUGCUUUACUCAAAGACAUUUGCUUAAACAAAGUUUUUGGAGAUAUACGGGGCUAUACUGCCACAGUAGAAUUUCAGAAAAGGGGAUUGCCUCAUAUUCACAUUGUUGUAAUUCUCACAGAUGAGUACAAACCUCGCACACCAGAGGAUGUUGAUAAGAUAGUUUGCGCAGAGAUUCCAGAUCCCCUGACUAACCCUCGGCUGCACAAGAUUAUAACCACCAACAAUAUACAUGGACCUUGCGGAAACAUUAACAGGAACUCACCGUGUAUGGUUGGUGAAGGUGCUGAUAAGAAAUGCUCCAAGAAAUUCCCGAAGAAUCUGUCAGCAGAUACAAUGCUAACCCAACACAGCCCUCCUGUUUAUCGUCGUCGAUCACCAGAAGAUGGAGGACAAGUUCAUAGGGUGAAUAUGGGAAGCGAAAGCAAUCCGAACUUCUUCCUGCUGGACAAUUCUUGGGUUGUACCUUAUAGUCCACUUUUAUCGUUAAUUUACGAGGCGCAUAUAAACGUGGAAGUAGUAUAUUCAACGAGGUGUGUGAAAUACCUGUUCAAAUACAUAAACAAGGGUCCAGACCGAGUAGUUGCGGCAUUUGAGCAAGAGGAUGAAGUUGAGACCUAUUCCAACGCCCGUUACCUCUCAGCUUCCGAGGCUUACUGGAGACUCUAUGGGUUUGACCUCUUUCAUAGAAGUCCAGCAGUAAUGAAACUUGACUGUCAUCUGAAGGGGGAGCAGAUGCAGUUGUUUGCUGAAGGUGAGGAAGAGGAAGCCAUAAACCGUGGUCCACGUGUUACAAAACUUUUGGCAUAUUUCAAUCAGAACGCAGAGGAUCCAGAGGCCAGGGAAGUACUCUAUCCAGACUUCCCAGACAAAUACACUUGGAUUGAGAAGGACAAACGCUGGCGGAAGAGAAAAACUGGAGUUACUGUUGGACGUAUUCCAGUCUUUUCCUGCAAUGCUAAGCAAUCUGAACUCUUCUUCUUAAGAAUGUUGCUCUACAACAAAUCUGGGGCAACUUCUUUUGAAAACUUGAGAACGAUAAAUGGCCACGUUUGUCCAACCUUUCAAGAAGCUUGCCGUAAACUUGGGCUGCUGGAAACAGAUGAAGAGUUGGACUGUGUGAUGGAGGAGGCAAGCACAGUACAGUUUGGCAAUCAACUUAGGGACGUUUUUGCGAAUCUCCUUAUCUACUGUCGGCCAGCAGACCCUCCCCUAUUUUGGCAACGCCAUCGCGAGAAGUUGGUUGAGGACUUUAUGAGAGCUGAAAAUGCUGAAGCUCCAACUGAGCUUAUGUUCAACCAAGCGCUCCUCUAUCUGAAAGAAAGAUUCGAACAGGAUGAAUUAGACUUAGUGAAAGAUUUCCUUCUUCCCGCUGUGAGGGAAGACCUUUUGCCAAGGUCUAACGUACCAAGGGUUGUCAGGGAUGAAACAUCUUAUGAUCGAGAGGCUCUUGCUCAAUCCUUACAAGGGCGUGUAGAGUCACUCAAUAAUAAGCAGCAUCUAUUUUACUCUGCUGUUAUGGAUUCUGUUGCUAACAACUCUGGCAAGGUUUUUGCACUUCAGGCAUCCGGUGGUACGGGUAAAACAUACACCAUCAACCUUAUCCUCGACAGUGUUCGAGCUCAAGGAAAGAUAGCCCUGGCAACUGCACUUUCAGGGAUAGCAGCCACUCUGCUAAACAACGGCCGAACUCUGCACAGUCGUUGUAAAAUUCCGCUUAAGCUGACUGAAGAUUCUAUGGCCAACUUUUCAAAACGGGACGCUACUGGCAAGUUGUUACAAGAAACAGCUGUACUUAUUAUUGAUGAAGUAAGCAUGGGUAACAAAAUGAUCUUCGAGACACUUGACAGAUCACUUCAGUUUGUCAGAGGAAACAACAAACUGUUUGGUGGGAUAACAAUGGUGUGGGCUACUGAUUGGAGACAGAGCCUCCCUGUUGUAGUGAAAGGAAGCCGAGGACAGAUAGUGAAUUCAUGUCUCAAGAGUUCUUAUCUGUGGAAACAUGCAACCGUUUUCAAACUUGACAUUAACAUGCGUGUUUUCCAGAACAGCGAAGACAAAGAAUUUACUGAUUAUCUUUUAUCUUGCGGUGAUGGCCUGCUUCCAAUUCAUCCUCAAGGUGGCCAGUUCAGGGUAACAAUCCCGGAUGAGUUGAUCUUCAAGGGUGACUUAGAUGCUCUUAUUAACUGGGUGUUCGAAGACCUUGAAACUCAGUAUACAGAUCACAGCUGGACUGCAAGUAGAAGCCUGAUCUGCCCUACAAACAAAACUGUUGACUUGAUUAACAACAAAGUCAUGGCGACGUUUCCGGGCGAAGAGAGACUCUACAAGUCCCACGACAAAGUGAGCUCCGAAGACAGCUUUGACAUUCCACAAGAGUAUCUGAACACUUUGGGCCGUAUUUACCAAAUUUGCUUAAAGUACGACCUUAAAGGAAGAAUUUUAAGUAUCACGUUAAAGUGA